UUGGCAGCGGUAGCAUCGAGCAUCCGCAAAAAAGAAAAGCGGGAAGAACAACAAGGAUGUGUUUUUUCAAGUUGAUGGCCUUCGCGUGUUUUGUGGUGGCGGCGGAAGCAUCCGAUCUCCCCGCGGGGAGGAACCCGGUAGAAGAUGCUGGCAACUACACCGUUUUGUAUGACGGCCCAGCAGGAAGACACGUCCAAUCCGGUGAACCGGGAAGAGCCGUGAAAGGCUUCUACACGCAAGUUUUCGUAGAUUUUCGUGGAAGAAAACAAAAAGUUACUUACCAAGCCGACGAGAGAGGAUACCGCGUGACGUCCACUGCCCUAGUCGCGGAGACUGAAGAUGUUUCACCUACGACACGACGACCAAGAAUCAUAGAAAAGAUUACACCCAAAUUUCAAGCAGGGGUUUUGUUUACAAAGAAAAUUAAUGAACCCCAGAGAGGAGUCUUAAAUUCAGGAAUUUCUCCAUCCUCAACAGAAGAAUCCAUUACGACAGAACCAAAGUCAAUGAUAGAAGAGCAUAAGUUUGAAAUCACAGACCACCCUGUCAUUUCCACAACGUUUGAACAAGAGGCAACCAAAACUUUAGUGCCACCAGAAUCGAAAGGUCAAAUCAGGUUCAAAGAACCAAAAGUUUUACUGAACUAUGACAUUGCUUACAAUUUGGGUUACCCUUUUGUGGCUGGGAUCUACGUCUAUGCUCUUUAGAUCGUCAUUUCUACAUUUCGUUAAAAUUUUCUUGUUGAUUACUAAGGUUGUUUCCUACCAACUGUUUUACGAUUACUCACCGGUGGGUGUCGUCCAUUGUUGUUCGUUGCCUGUUGGAGCCAUUCAACAACGACAAACUUUUCCUUGUUAAUACAGUUGAAAUCUG